UGCCCAGGAUGCUGAGGCGUUGGCAGGGGUCAGUUCCUGUUGGUAUAGACUAAAAGCACGGGAUGUCCCUGCUCUAUCCUACCUCACCUUCUGUGUGACUAAACGGAUUGGUCAUAAACACAUUUUAAGACACAACUAAGGAGCGGCUGGAAAUCUCAAGGCGUGUCACACAAACGCUGACACACCCUUACUGAGCUAGACCUGUACACACUUUACUGUCAGGAAGAAAGACUGGAGACACAUCUCUUCAACUGUGGGAAACUUUUCACACUCGUUCAUUACCUAGGAAAUUGUUCCCGGUGGCAUAGCACUAUAUACAUUAACUCUUGCCAUGUUGUCCUCACCAUCCCCUCUGAAAACUGCCCUGGCAUCAGAAGUCUUCUUGUGGCCGAAUGAAUCUUCCUUAGCCGUCCCUUCGGAUAAUCGGCUGAGGACCGGGGCUAGUGGUGACCAGCGUGUUAAGGAGCAAGUAAUGAUGACAGUAAGGAGGCAAAAGCCGAAAAAUUCGCAGUCUUCCACCUUGAAUUAUGGCACUAGAGCUGGUUCAAUGUAUGAAACCCUGGAAGAUUCUUACAACAUGAAUCGCAACAGUACAGGCGGUCAUUAUGCAAAAUACCAGAGCGGUACGACAUGGGGUUAUCAGCCUCAGUACAACGGGACUCUAAAGAAGGAAAACAAGCGUUUUAGCUCCCAAAGUCAAUUUGACAAUUGGGGCCGACAGCAAUAUAUAUCCUUGGGAAGUCCGAUUAGUCCCGGAAAUGAUUACAACUACAUGCAAACACUGAAGAGCAGUCGAAGUGAGCCUGACCUCACCGGUCCAAAUAUGAGCACAUUGAGACGCCAGAACCUUUAUAAUGCCCAGAACCAGUAUUCUCAGCAGCAACGGUCUGGAAGGGGAGGGGUCCAUAACUCAAGUUUCUACAGUCAUCAAAGUGGACAACAAUGGAAGCAAACAAGUGUUCCACCAACACGUACACCAUCUUCUAUCUCUGCUACACAUCGGCAGACACAACAGCAAUUUCAGAACACACUCCAGAGAAAUGAAAACUAUGCAGGCAUGCAGCUACCAUCCAGGAUGGAUUCCCGAGAUGAUUUUGAUGGAACUCCUAUGACAUUGAUGCGAGCAGUGGAACUUCUUGAAGGUCCAAAUGAAAAAUAUCAGACAUCUGGUGCAAACUACAUACAGCAUACUUGCUAUCAAGAUGAAAGUGCCAAGAGCCUAGUUAAUCAGUACCAUGGCAUCCAGAAGCUAAUAAGCCUUUUCAGGAGUUCCAAUCAAAAUGUGCAGCUGGCAGCAGCCGGGGCGCUUAGGAAUCUUGUUUUCAAAAACAACCAAAAUAAACUUGAGACAAGCCGUCAAGGAGGUGUCCGCGAGGCAGUCAGCCUAUUGAGGAAGACUCCCAAUCAGGAGAUUCAAAAACAAAUAACAGGUUUGCUCUGGAAUUUGUCAUCUACUGAUCAGCUGAAAGAUGAACUUGUUAAAGAAGCUCUUCCUGUACUGAAUGAGUGUGUUGUGGUUCCAUAUACUGGCUGGGCAGAGAAUCUGGUGUCUGGUCAGAGGAGUUCACUGGAUCCUGAAAUAUUCUUCAAUGCAACCGGAUGUUUAAGGAACCUUAGCUCUGCAGAUGUUGGACGUCAAGCCAUGCGCAAUACUCAAGGGCUAGUGGACUCGCUUAUGCAUUAUAUCCAGCAGUGUGUGGCUGCUAAUUGUCCUGAUGACAAGUCUGUCGAGAACUGUGCUUGCAUUUUGCACAAUCUUUCUUACCAUUUGGACUCAGAAGUGCCCAAUAAAUAUUCACAACUGAAUGAGCAAAUGUUGCGUAACCAGGAAACAGACAAGACAUCCACGGGCUGCUUCAGCAACAAGAGUGAAAAGAUACAGAAUAAUAAUUUUGAGUUGCCACUUCCAGAAGAGGAUGCAAACCCAAAAGGAUCUGCACUGCUGUCUCACUCUAAUGCCAUUAGGACAUACCUGUCUUUGCUAUCACAGAGCCGGAAAGACUCCACAUUGGAAGCUUGUGCUGGAGCACUACAGAAUCUUACUGCUAGCAAAGGACCGAUGUCUAGUGGAAUGAGUCAAAUCAUUGGUUUGAAAGAGAAUGGACUUCCCCAAAUUUCACGUUUGCUUCAAUCUGGAAAUUCUGAUGUGGUAAAAACAGGAACUUCACUUCUUAGCAAUAUGUCUCGUCACCCAUCUCUUCACAAGAGCAUGGGUACGCAGGUGCUUCCGGACAUUUCUCGACUUUUGUCACAAAGUUCAGGAAAUACAACAAACUCAGAAGAUAUUCUCUCUUCUGCAUGUUAUACAAUGCGAAAUCUUAUAAUGGCCCAGCCACAACUGGCAAAGCAAAGCCUUUCUGGCAACUUGCUAGGAAAUUUGGUGAACAUGUGCAAAAAUGGAAGUUCACCUAAAGCUGCCGAAGCAGCUCGUCUUUUCCUGACAGACAUGUGGUCACAAAAGGAGUUGCAAGGAAUAUUAAAACAGCAAGGUCUAGACAAGAGCAUUAUGGGAUCCCUAGCAAGUUCUGCUCUCCGAAAUACAAUAACACGAGUGUUCUAACAUCACAUGCAAUCUAAAGUACAUUUUAGAUUCUCCCAUCCUAUUUACGAACCUGUCAAUAUACAGGAAU